UCAUGUACAACAAGGAAAGGCGAUAAACUGACAGACAGUUGGUUGUUGUGGUACGUGAGUGAAAGAAUGGGAGAAUUCGUGCGAACGACUGACGGUACAGGCUACCUGUAUACAGAUAACUUUAUCGUUACUGACGAAGUGAAAGAUCGGUUUUACGGGGACGGUUUCAUUAUAUUGCGAAAGUUUUUGGACGCCGAAGAGGUCACCAACUUGAGAACGGCCCUGGAGCAAGACAGAGCUCUAGAAGACUAUCACUAUGCUCGAGACGACGGCCAAGGCCGCCAAACAAAAACCGUCAACUGGAGUCACCCUGGAGAUGAUAUCACUGGUAUGAUUGGAAGGAGUGAGAAAGCUGCUGGUACCAUGGAAAAGCUUUUAGGGGGAGAAGUAUAUCAAUAUCACGCGAAAGUCGUUAUGAAAGAACCAUUCACAGGGGGUGCGUUUAUAUGGCACCAGGAUUACGGUUAUUGGUACCUGAACGGCAACCUGUUUCCAGACAUGGGCACAGUGUGGAUUGCAGUGGACGGGGCAGACAAGACAAAUGGAUGUCUACAGAUACUGCCAGGCUCCCAUCGAGCUGGACGAAUAGACCACGUUAAAGUCGGUGACCAAGCAGGGGCUGACCCGGAACGCGUAGAGCUCCUGGCCAAACUCUGCCCCUUGACCUACGUCCAGCUUGACCCUGGAGACGCUCUGUUUUUCCACUGCAACCUUCUCCAUCGAAGUGACCAGAAUCAAAGCCAGAACCGCCGUUGGGCUUACCUUGUCUGCUAUAACCGUGCAUCCAAUGACCCAGUGUAUAAACAUCACCAUCCUAACUACACGCCCCUGAUUAAGGUGCCGAAUAACAGAAUAAAGGAGUGUGGCACUAAAACAUCCACCGAAGGAAAGAUAUUUUUUCAAGGACCCAAAAGAGACCGUGACCUUGCCAUAGAAGUGCUAGAGAGGACGGCCUAAACUACAGCUAAUAUAUUAGGAGACUUUAUUAAAACAUUAAUUAAUUAUGAGACACAUUCUUGUCAUAUGUACUAAGUCGUUUCUUUUCUAUUUAACAUUAUGACCUCACCAAAGGAUAGUUUAUGCUUUUUUCAAGUCAGUCGUAUGUCGUUACGUGCAACAGGUGUGUUAGUUGUAUAUAUGAGUAAAUACUGUGCGGUUUUAAAAUAAUAGUUUUUCAAGCUGUCGAAAAGCAAAGUUAAAAUUAAGGAAUGUGGCACUAAAUAAUACACUGAAUGAAAAACGGUUUCAUGGCCAGGAUCAUUCCUCAAGCAAAUGCUACUAGCAAGGAAAGCCUGGUUUGUAGAUUUCCAUGUCGGACAUGGACUGUUCAUCAUUCAAAACACUUACACUGAAUGGUCCACUUUACAUUUUCCAUUAUGAUGCGACUACAGUAGAUAAUUUGCAAUUGAAUAACGGAUCAAAUGCAUUUUGGUUUUUAUUUAUACCUUGUAUUUACUAAAUAAUUUCAAAUAUAAUCAGAAUAAUCCGUGUAGUCCUACAGAUUAUUGGAAUAUUCUAUAAUAAAAAAAAGUAAAGGGCUGUUGACAAAAAAGUAUGUAAAUUGAUUGUACUGUAUUAAUAUUUUUAAUCUUGCUAGCAAGUCGGUCAGA